AUGGCGUCUUCCAAUACAUCGAAUGCUGGAAGUAGCCACCAGGAGCAGAGAGAGCAGAAGGUCCUUGAUGUCAUAUUUCUCUGUGACGAAUGGAAAUCUUCAAAGGGUGGAUUGUCAACUUUCAAUCGAGAAUUUGCCAUUAAUUUGGCACAAGCGACGACUGGUAGCAUGAAAAUUCACUGCUAUGUCUCUUAUAGCGAUGAUCGGGACAGAGAAGAUGCUAAACAACAUGGUGUCAAUUUAAUCACAGCUCGAAGUGUUCCUGGUUCAGCCGACCCCCACGAGUGCUUGAAGUUUCCACCCUCGCAGCUCCCAAACCCACAUCUGGUGAUAGGCCAUGGAAGAAAGCUGGGUAUUCCUGCAUAUUUCCUAGCCCAGUCUACAAAGUGUAAAUGGGUCCAAUUUGUUCACGUCUAUUGCGAGGAUCUUGGGAAAUAUAAAGAAUCUGCCACGGCUGCAGAAGAUACAAUCGAAGAAAACGAGAAGAAGCACAAGAUGGAAAUUGAUUUGUGUAAAGCAGCGGAUGCAGUUGUUACCGUUGGCUCCCGUCUACAACAGAAGUACAGCAGACGUCUCCUUAAUGUUGAAGUGAAGAUUAUCACUCCUGGGAUCUUUGGAAAGUUUUCCAAUGAAUCAAAAUUGGCUGUAGACAGAUCGGUAGUAAAGAAUUUUAAUGUGUCUUUGUUUGGCCGAGCUGCCUUUGAGGAUCUUUCCCUGAAAGGCUAUGAUGUAGUUGCAAAUGCCAUUGGUUCUCUUGGUGAGAACUUUGAGUUGACAUUUGUCGGCUCAUCUCCCGGUGAACAACGAAAAGUUGAGCAAUGGUUUCUUGACAACACGUGCAUCAACCGCAAACAACUAACCAUCCGUCGAUAUUGCAGUGAACAAGAGGAACUCAAGGUGAUGUUCUAUGAGUCAGAUUUGGUUGCUCUGCCAUCCCGUACCGAAGGAUUUGGGCUCGUUGCCCUUGAGGCCAUUUCUGCUGGUGUUCCUGUUCUUGUCUCUGGCGAAUCUGGCAUAGCUGAGGCUUUGCAAAAAGUAGAAGGUGGAAACACUGUCAUUGUUGGAUCAGGUGAAAAUAAAGAUGAAUGGGCACGAAGGAUCAGAGAGAUGUAUGAAGAAAGCGCAGAAGAAAGAGAAGCCAAUGCUGUGAAGCUUCGCGAGAACUACAGGAAAGUUUACUCUUGGAAAGCAGAAUGUGAGAGGUUUAAAGGGCUGAUUGAAAAUGUUGUGAAAACUGCAAAUGGUGAGCCCACUUCUUUUAAUUUUUCUUUUUUUUCAGUACAUUUGCUGAAAUGUCAUGCUACAUGUACAAGCCAAACCUUAUGUGUAGAAUGAGCCACAUAAGGCAAACUGAAUACUGGUACAUGUAGAUAAGCAUAAGAACAAGUAAAGUGCUCCUGUAUGUCUGGAGUCGUUACAUUUAUCUCGACUUGUGGUUGGACCACAAGUGAAUUGUCUACUUUAUUUUUUUUAUAUUAAAUAGAGGGGUCUGUAUCUUGCACUAAUCAGAUUGCCACUGAAGAGUAUGUAUCUCACACCAAUCAGAGUGCCGCAUGAGGGUAUUUAUCUUGCACCAAUCAGAUUGCUGCAUAAGGAUAUUUAUCACAUAAACUGCUGUGUUAUGCAAGGAUUUUUGGCCCUGAGAAAAGCCGUAAUAACACGUGAAAAAAUAUUGUAUUUUUUCACAUGUGUUGAUAUAGCCAAUCAGCUGCACGUCACUUGCCUUUCGCACCACUCGGUCAGGUUGAUGAAUGAACAGCAAAGCCUUCAUGACUCUCAAUACAAGUUGUUUGUCGGAGUUUUCUCGAAUUAUGGCGGCUAAAACACUUAAAAAAUCCUUAUCGCUGGCAGACAAUGAGGUUCAAAGUUUCCUAGAAAGGGAAGGAAACCAAUAUACUAAAGAAAAACCAAAAGUUGCGUAUUCAGUGGCUUUGGUGUUAGCAUUUCUCUUGUCUGAGAAUGAAAAUUGGCAACUGGAAGAUAUGCCAUUAGCUAAUUUUGGCUGUUUACCUGAAAGACUUCUUCUGUCAGUAAGGACAGCAUUCAAAGUGCAGUCAGAACAUACCCGAUAAUAGCACUACAUGAACAUUGGGUAAUUUUUCAUGUUCUAGAAUUGUACUCCAUCAAUCAAAUUCCAUUUUACCUCAUUAGACUUUGCUCCAUGACAUGUCAUUUCCCUGUAAAAAACCUGCAUUUUAUCAUGUAUUCUAACUGCAUUUUCUGACACCGCUAAAAGAAAUUCACACAGAACAAAAUGGGAUCGAUAGUGAACUUUCCUUGCAAUUCUCCCAUGUUUUGAAUUUGUCUACAAAUAAAAUUUGCUUUUAGCUACCUUGGACUUAACCCAAUUGCAUGUCAAUUCAUUGUAAACAACCUUCGUUUUAUCAUGUAAUUCACACACAGAGGGCACAGUCUAGAUAGGCAACAGCCAAUCAAGGAGCCCUCUUUAAAUUAUUAUCCUUUUCUCUUGUUCAAUGUAUCUUCACUUAAUCAAGAUUGUAAUUAUAUGUCUUUGACCAGGGUCCAUUGGAGACACAACAGAACUUCAGUGUGCUUUUUGUAUUAAAAUUAGAUGAAAUCCUAUUUUUGGGACAACUAACUGUAGAUGAGUAAUUUUGAUUUUCUCUCCGCAAGAGGAACAGCAGUGAGCAUGGUCUCUUUGGCAACCAUUAUUUGGUCUCACAUUUUAAUAGUUAAAUAGGUAAGAGGUGAAAAAACCUUGUUAUAGUAAGAUUAAAUUUGACUGUUACAAUUUAACAGGUGGUAAGUUGAAUGUUAAGGUUGCAGUUGAUGACUUGAAACCUGAAGAACAGAAUAUGCAGACUGGAAUGUUGGCAACAGAGUCUGCCAGAUGUCAAGGGGUUCAGCAGCCUAGGGCAUCUGCUACAUUAACUGCAUCUGGAAGUGUGUCCUAUUCACAGAAAGAGCAUCUCAAUGCCCUUGAAAAGGAAAUCUUUCUAUCAAUUGUGCAAAAUUAUCUCAAGACCACACCACCACAGUCCCCUGAAGAGCACAGUAGGUUCAUGGAAUACACACAAAAAAUGAAGCUCAUCAUUACUGGUGUUGCUGUAGGAAGUUUGGUGAUAGCAGUGAAGUGUGAAUCUCUAAUGAUAUUGGAGGAGUUGUGGACAGAUUACUCAUCUGGUCGUCUUGGUGAAGUGGUUCAGAAUUGUUUUGUCACUGAAAAGAUCUUGAAGGAACUGAACCUGGCUGAGCUGAGGCUGAAGACAACAAUAGACAUAGAAGAGUACAAUACAUGCAAAGCAUUCUUUGAGAAAGAUGCUCUUAGAGGUUGGUAGAAAGAAUGUAACAAGGCCUGGUCCUAUCAUAAAAUAUUUGUAAAGAGUUUUGAAUGAAAUCCAUCAGUCUUUCAACACAUGGAGUAUGGUAGGGUACAUGUCAUUAAGGGAUGGGUGCAGUUUUUGAUCAAGAUUGAUGGAACUUGUCUCUGAAUAAACUCAUGCUGACUAUUGUAUGUAAAUCAUGCUGAUGCAAGAAGUAAUUUGUCUGCAAGACAUUCAAUUUGAUGUUUUAUUCUUCUCAAACAUCUCUUCCCAGUAACCUUUUAUCUUUCUUACUAAGACAUCUGGCUCAAUAUUUCCUCUCUAUAGGGUUGUAUUUAUCUUUCCUUAAUUUAUUUGAUUGCAUCCAUUAAUCAAAGGUUAAUUGGCAAGACUUUUGUUGGAGGGACCAUGAAAGAAAAUUUUUUCUAGUUUUUGCAUGUUUGGUGUUUUUAAAGAUAGUUUGAGGUGUCUUUAUCUUUUAAAAUGUGUGUCUUCUUGUAAAUCUGAUUUUAGAUGCUUUAUCCUCUGAAUUCCACUCCACAAGUUCAACCAGUGAAAGUCCAUUAACAAAAGAACAAUGGGAAAAAAGUGAACAGAAGACAAAGAUUAUGGAGACGGCAAAAUUGGAAGGUGAAAAAGAAAUUAAAAACUUGUAUUAAUUUAUUAUGGAAAGUUUUUGUGAACAGUAAUAACAAUUAUGUGAUAAAUCUUUGAAGAAUAAUUUCAGUGCUAUUUUGUGGCAUCAAUAAUUUAAUAUAAUUGUACACAGUUCCACUUAUGGGAACUAAACAUUUGUAGAGAAGCUGUGAAUGUUAAUCUCUCCAUUUUUUUUUACCUUGACACUGUAUGUGGAAAUACAGAAACCUUUUGUAAAAGACUAAAGGCAGGUACAUGUAGAUAACAUGCUAUCAUUGCAUGCAUGCUAGAUUGCAUGAUUUAUUUCUGUAAAUGUUUUGAUAUGGAUAAACUAGAAGUAAUAGUUCCCUUUCAGUCACCAUUAACUUUUUCCCACUUUCUUCCGUCUUGCGGAUACAUGUAUGAAAUUUGUCAUGUUACAAAAAUUUUGUGUACUGGGUACUAUUUAAUUGGAGGAUUGGAGUGCGAUUUCAGGUUUUAGGAGAAGGAACACUGGUAUAGAAGUCCUCUUAUACUGAUGACCUGCAAGCAGACUAUUAUCCAAUAUGUUUGAAGUUUAAUGUGAUAUUAAUGGUUUCAAGUGCAGCUGAAGCACAAUUUUAACUUGGACACUUUGUUCCAAAUCAACAGAUCAGAAAUUAAACAUCAAAGUUGAUGUGGAACAUGUGAAAUGUGCAGAUCAAGAUGCUAACAGGACAGCUUCAGUUUUAGCUUUAGAGCCAGCUGGAUAUCAGAAAGCAUCCACAGCUUCAGGCACAAAGAGAAAAAGACAUUCUGAUGCAGAUUUAGAAGAUCUCCAACCACUCAAAAAGAAAGUAUUGUGCUUAAUUGCCAUGAAUUACCUUGAUACUACACCAGCACAGAGCAGGGAUGAAUGCAAUGAGUUUAAGGAAUACUUACAAGAAAUGAAGGUCUUUAUCAUAGGUGUUUCUGUGGGAAGUUUGGUGAUAACAGUAAAGUGUGAUUCUCUCUCAAGCUUGGAGGAAUUAUGGGAAGAUUACUCUUGUGGCCUUUUGGAUAAGAUGGUACGAGAUUGUUUUGUAACUGAAAAGAUCUUGAAGGAACUUAACCUGGCAGAACUGAAGCUGAAAAUAAUGAUAGACAAAGAAGAUUACAAUGCAUACAAACUGUACUUUCUUGAGAAGGAUGCACUCAGAGGUCAGUUGAAAGAAAGAAAAAGGCCUGGUCCUUUGGAAGAAGGGUCCAGGUUUUGAUCAAGAUAGAACUAAUUGUCUCAUGAAUAAGCUCAUGAUGACUAUGUAUACAAUGACAAUCUGUGGCUAAAAGUGAUUUGUUUUCAAGAAAUUUCCUAGUUUAUUUUCCUGUCUGUCUGGUUGUAUUUAUCUUUGGCUCCAAAUGUAAAUAAAAUAAAACCACCCUAAAAUAAAAAUUGGCAAGAUGUUUGUUGGAGGAACUAUAAAAGAAAAAGUCACUUGUGUUUGUGUGUGGGGUUUUUAUAAAAACGAUUUGAAGUGUGUUGUAUGGUUUUGAAUUUCAGUAUUCAGUGAUUGCUUCACUAUUUGUUUCUUUUAAAUCUGAUUUUAGAUGCUUUAUCCUCUGAAUUCCACUCCACAAGUUCAACCAGUGAAAGUCCACAAAAACAAGAAGAGCUGAAAAAGUGGAAACAGAAGACAAAGAUUGUUGAGACAGAGAAACUGAAAGGUGAAAACAAAAUGAAAAGAUAUAUUAAGUUAUUAUGGAAAGUUGUUGUGAACAGUAAUAACAAUUUAUUAUUUGACAAAACUUUGCAGAAUUAUCUCAAUUCAUUCAGUGUGGCAUUAAUAAUAUUAAUACUAUUUUAAGAGUUCAACAUAUGGGAAACAACAUACAGGGUAUCUGAAAAGAGGCUGUGAAUGCUAAUCUCACCCUGUACUUUUUGCUCUUAGGUACUUCACCCCUCACUGUAAUACCCACUACCACUAACAGAAAGGAACUUGUAGAGAAAGGGCAGGGAAGGAAAGGUGAAGAGGAAGCUCAGUUUGAGUUAAUUUCUAAAGUGAAUUAAGUGUGUUCAGCUAUUAUGUCGUGUAAAAAAGUGUGCUUUGGGAUUAAACAUUUAAGGUUGCUAGGGUCUGUAGGGUAAAACUAAACUGACAAUUAUUUGAAGUAGUUUCAGUUCUUCAUGAAAAAGAUUAAUUUGAAAGAAAAUAAACCCAAUUUAGUUUCCCCUAAGGGAAAGUUAGGAUGGUAGUCGCUGGGGAUGGUGAAACAGUAUUAUUAACAAUAAAAUGGUAAUAAUGAUAAUAAUUAUUAAAAUACUAAUCAUAAUAAUAAUGGUAUAAUAAUAGUAUAAUGAAAGUUUUUUUUCAACCUUAAUCAUAAAUUAUGUAUUGAAAAACUGACAUUGGUGAUGUGUGUUAGAUAAAUUUCAUGCAGUUAUAUACAGAUGGUCACAUGUUGAUUUGCUGUGUUAUCAUUUCUCAAGUGAAAGUAACACCAUGAAUACUAAUAUUGCUGUAAAUAAUGUUAAAUAUUGUAAAUUAUUCCAAAUAUGUUUGUGCCUGAAUCUCUACCUAUUUUGAAGGGAAUUUGAGUUGGUUUGUGGAAUAGACCCUUUAGACCCUACGAGUGAUUAGCAUCUAAUUUCUCCUUAUAAUAUCACUCCUGAAUCGCACAUUAAGGUCACGAGAAUGAAGGAAAUGGUCAGCAGGUAAGGAGACUUUUGAUUGGCAAGUAAAUUCUCCUUUUCAGCACCUUAAGAAAUGUAUAAAGAGCGGUGUGGAGAAUAUGCAGACUGAUGAUAGGAUCUAAAGGGUUGAGAUAAUAUACAUGAGUAUGUGUACAUGAAAGAGAUGUUUUGAGGGUAUCCAGUCAAGUCGCCGACCGUUCAACUCGCCAACGCCAACUCGCCGACGUAUAAAAUCGAGUAGAAACGUCGGCGAGUUGGCCUCAAUCCAGUAUUGAACUUAUCGGAAGUUAAACAUAUAGAAAAGUAAAAAAUCUUCAGGAAAAAUCAAUUUUUUUCUUCCAGCAAAUUUUAUAAGGAUCUCAUGGCGAAUAAAGCCAGGUAAAUAUCGCCAAUAACCAAGAAAGCUUCAGACGCCAACGAGAUAAUUAUUGUGUGACAACAAUGCUGAAAAGUCUCAUCAUUUCAAUCGGUCAGGUUUUUUUUUAAGAAAACUUGGCUUUCUGGACAAAGUCUUCAGUAAAAAAAAAUUCUUUUUGUUUCCAACAAAGUUUAUAAGGAUCUCAUCGCGAAUAAAGCAGGAUAAACAUCGCAAAUGACUAUAAAAGCUUCUGACAGACAGACGCAAACGAGCUAUUGUGUGACAACAACACUGUGAAGACUCAUCAUGUCAAUCGGUCAGAUUUUUUUUAAGAAAACUUGGCUUUCUAGACGAGAUCUUUCGUAAAAAAACAAUUAUUUUUAUUUCCAACAAAGUUUAUAAGGAUGUCAAGGCGAAUAAAGCGAGGUGAACAUCGCCAAUAACCAAAAAAGCUUUAAAUGCGAACAAGUUAUUGUGUGACAGCCACCGUCAUUCUCGAUUCACGCUUCGGUAGCUUACUUUUGAAGGAGUUUACGUUUGGUCCGUCUUAAUACCGGGCUAUGCCGGUGAACGGCAAGCAUUUUCUAAACGCUUUUACAAUACAAAUACGAUUAGUAUCUAACCAGAAGCUGACCAGAAUCCAAAGAAGGGCUAAUAGGCGAUUGCAGAGUAAGGUGUUUGGAUUUUGGGAGAAAUAUGAGAAUGGUAAAAAAAAUAGCGGCUCAGUUAUUGAAAUCAAUGUCGAGAUUAAACGUUUUAAAUUUUUAUUUUAAUAAAUUAAAUUAAUUAAUUUAAUUAAUUAAUUAAAUUUUAAUUUAUUUUAAUAAUUUUUUUUUUUUAAAUUUUAUCGUACAUCAAACGUUCUCGAUCAUGAAUAAAUCAUUCUUUAAAGUUAAAAAAACGUGGUUCCGCGUGGUUGCUAUGGUUCACACAAUAACUCGUUCACGUCUGAAGCUUUAAUAGUCAUUGGCGAUGUUCACCUUUCUUUAUUCGCCUUGACAUCCUUACAAACUGUUGGAAAUAAAAAUAAUUGUUUUUUACCAAAGAUCUUGUCUACAAAGCCAAGUCUUUUUUUGAAAUCUGACCGAUUGACUUGAUGAGUCUUUACAGUGUUGUUGUCACAAUAACUCGUUCGCUUCUAAAACUUUUUUGGUCAUUGGCGAUGUUCACCUUGCUUUAUUCGCCUUGAGAUCCUUAUAAACUUUGUUGGAAAUAAAAAUAAUUGUUUUUUUUUUUAAUGAAUAUCUUGUCCAGAAAGCCAAGUUUCAUAAAAAAAAUCUGACCGAUUGACAUAAUGAGAGAUUUAUAGUAAUUUGAGAUUUACAGUGUCGUUGUCACGCUCAAUAAUAUCUCGUUCACGUCUGAAGCUUUCUUAGUCAUUGGCGAUGUUUACCUGGCUCUAUUCGCCAUGAGAUCCUUAUAAACUUUGUUGGAAGAAAAAAAUUGCUUUUUCCUAAAGACCUUUUACUAUUCUAUGUGUUUAACUUCUAAUAAGUUGUACUGGAUUGAAGACCAACUCGACCGACGUUUCUACUCGAUUUUAUACGUCGGCGAGUUGGCGUCGGCGAGUUGAACCGUCGGCGACUUGACCGUAAUUCGUUUUGAGCACCUUUUUUAAAUCUAUCUUUAACUACAAGCUGGUAUGCCUUUUUCUAACUAUUUAUCAGUAGAAAUGCUAAUCUCUCUGUGUAUACUUUGUUUUAUGCAUGUUGCCUUUUCCUGGAUCUUCUACCUUUGACCCUGAAGAAGAACUAGGAGGGCUACAUCUGAAACUUCAAAGAAUGAAAGAUGAAUGAAAGAUGCUCUUAAAUUAAAUUUCACAGUUAAACUUAACUGAGAAUGCUUUUAAAUACAUUUAGCUCUCAUUAAAAAUGUUUUUUUUUUAAAGGAAAUUAUACCUGAUUUAGUUUUCCCUCACUCUGUCCUUCACCAUAAGGGAGUAUAAUAAAGUUUGCAUGCCUUAAAAAACUGACAGUGAUGUAGUUUAGAUAGAUUUUGUAUACCAUUUUCAAUCAGUAAUUGCAGGUUAAGUGAUACCAUGAAUUGCUCUUUGUACUUUUUCCUUAGGUACUUCACCCUCCACUGUACUGUCCACUGCUGGUCACACAAAAAAAGUGGAAGCAAGACACAGCACAGUGAAAUUUCAGGGAAAGAAAGGCGAGUGAAAAGAGACACUGAAGCUAAGGAUUAGUGAUAAUUAAAAUUUUUGGGUAAUAAAUAGAAUGCUCUUAAAUUCUUUUAGCAGUUAUGUCAGUUGUUACUUUUCCAAGUACAGUUGCCUCUUAUGGCUGCAGACACCCAAGAGGGUGAUUUAGUGUCUGCAGUUAUGAGAGUCACUAAUAAUGGGGUAUGAGAGAAAUAAAAAAUUUUAUGAAAUAUGAAAUAAUGUGACUACACAAACAUAAAGUUUCUAACAUGACCCCAUGAACCAGAAAAAAAUCUGCCCAAAAACAAGAAAUUCUCAUGUUUGCACCCAAUUGAAGAAGGGUUUCUUUAUGUUCAUUUAUCUUUUAUAUUAUGUGAGUCAGGAUUUUGGAGGAAGUAUUUAAUUGUCUGCUAUAGUGAAGGAAAAAAACAAGUGAAAUGUUGUGCUGGGUGGCAGGAAAAGGAUUUUAUUUCAGUCACUUCUUAAUAUGCAUUUCCCCAAUAUUUUACUUUAACAUGACUAUAAUUUGCUGAUGGCACAGGUAUACCUGUUGUAAUCAUUUCUGUGUAAAGUAAGAGACUGAAUUUUGAAAAGCUCUGUAUACAUUUGCUCCCAGGUUCUUCACCUCCCCCUCUUCUCUCCACCACUGAUCUUGAGGAGAAGCUAGGAAAAGUAUGUGAGGAAAUUGAGAUGCUGAGAGUGAAAGGUGAAUAGAAAAAUUCAUAUCUUAUCAUUUUUAGGGAGAAAUUGCAUGAUACAAGGAAUGCUAAUAACUGUCCAUAAAGUUUGCUUAAGUUUCAAAAGGAGCUAGAAUAUUGAAAAGUAAAAACCAAACAUUUUCAACUCGAGGGUGAUGAUGAACUAGUUUGAAAAUAUUUUCUUUUUAAUUUUUUAUUUAUUUUAGCCUUGUAAAUAGCUCAAUGCUAUUAAAUGAUUUCAUUUUUUCCAGUAAAUACCAGUACUCUCCAGCAAGAGAAAUUAUUCCCUAACAGAGAUAUUAACCUUUUUCUGUCCUUACUUUUAUCCAACAAUACUGCUCUUAGCUCUUAUUCAGUAACUUAGUUUUAUUAAGAAACAUAUUUUCAAUUCAGUUUUGCCUCAUAAUCUACAACUUCAGUCAAAGGUAGUGUUAAAUUAGCUGUGGCAUUUGAUAAUGAAAUAAUACUUAUAGAUAGGUUAUUUCACAAUGAUGUAAUGGAAAACAUGCAUCAUUGUUUUUGACUUGACCUUCAUACAUGUUAGUAUGCUUUAACAUUUUAUAUCAGGUGAGGCAUUAAGUAUUAAAUAUAUUUCUGUGUACCUUUGCUCUCAGGUAGUUUUUCUGUCCUUCAAUUUUCAACCAUUGAUCUUGAGAAAAAACUAGCUGAACUACGCAUGGAGCUUCACAAGCUCAGAAUGGAAGAAGAAUAUAAAAUGUUUAAUGAUUCAUUAUCAGAGAGAAAUAAAUCCAAGAAUGCUUCCAAAGGCUUUCACCCCUGUAUCGAAUCAUCACUUUUCAAGGGAAAUUAUUCCUUAUUUAAAAGAACCUCUUAUCUGAUUUUAUUACUGUUGACGAAUGCUUCCACUCCUUAUUAAAAUUAUACAUUUUCAAGGGAAAUUAUUCCUUAUUAAAGACAACUCCUCUUCGUUUAAAAUUGUUAAGUUAGAUAGUAAUCUAAUACUUUCAGUUCUUCACACGACCCUAACACAAUGUGCAGUGUUUGUUAAAUGCCUGUUUUUAACCAUUUAUGUAAGGUAAGUCCGUGAAUGCUAAGUACAGUGUAUCCUUCUGUUUACCUUUCCUUUCAGGUACUUUGCCUCCCCCUGAACUCUUUACUGCUGAUUUUGAAGAAGAACUAAAACGACUCUGUAAAGAACUUAACAGACAAAGAAUGAAAGGUAAGUGAAACAUGCGUAUUGGCUCCGUUGAACAAGGCAAAAGAAAUAUGAAAAGUGAUGCAAGGAAAUGGUUGCACUUACUAGUAUUUACGCUUGAUUUUUAAUUAACAAGCUAAAAGGUGAAACACUGUCUUUUAGUUUGUUUUAAAGGACUCCUAUUAUUAUCUCUCAAAUAUCUAAGCCCCGCAAGCAACUUGCAAAACAUCUGCGCCGCUCAUGAUAUGUUGGAACAUUGAAUAAUGUGUAUCUACUCUAUAUUUAAGAUUAUCCCUGCUCUUAUGUAAUGUUAUCAACAAGAAUGGUGUUUAAAAUUCUUUUGCUGUUUACUUCUUUUUUCAGGUAGUUCACCUUCCCCUGCUUCCAUCAUUAAGGUAGUAGUUAGACUUCAAAAAGUCAGGAAGGAAGGUGAAUAAAUAAUGCAAAUUUAGAGACAAAAUAAUUUUUAGCGGAAUGCUAUUAAACAGGUCCACUUCGUCAUCGAAAUAUCUUUCUCCACGGAACUCCUGCACUUGCAGCCUUCUACUGCAAUAAUAAUUAACAACUGCAAUGCUCAUUGGAGGCUUAGAAAUCAGUUAAGUUCCUCCUUUGGCAACCAGCACUUAGAUAGAGACUGUUUUCACGAGUGGUCAAUCCUGGCAACCCAGCCAUUAGCGGCCAUGUAUUAAGGAGACUGAAACCUCCCAUUGCGCUAGAAAAUAAAAAUGAUAAAAUAAUAGAAAAAAAAGACAAAGGAAAAGUGAUUUUCUUCUUAGUGCGUGUUAAAAAAUUAUCUGGCUCAACAGGAUAAACUCAUCCUGGUCUUAGAAAUUUUCAAAUUUUGCAACUGAAUCUAGCAGAAGCACAGGUACUUUUUCAUUUUAUGCGUAGUAGCGUGAUGCGCGCGUGCAGUGCUUGGGAUUUGCACGCGUAUGCAUUAAGUGCGCGGUACUGUAGUAAAUCUUGGAUGCAACUCGAGCAUUUUAUCAGAGUGCUAAGUCAUUUUUAAUUGUAUCCGUUUACACCCUUGAUUUGUUAAUGCCCUGCGAGCGUCAGGCGUAAAAAUUGACGAAUGUCAACAGUUAGCCUUAACAUAAUAUAACUGUUUAUUUACACAAUUCAAAUUCCAAUGAAAGGUGAAAAGAAACAAAAGAGGUUAUCUCUUUCAAGUUUGUCUGCUAAAAUAAUUAAAAAUCACAAUGAAAUAGUUGAAAAACUUCCUAAAACAUUAGUAAAAUGGCAUCUGUCUUUUCUUAAAAAUGUUCAGAGUUUCUUCGUCCGCAACUUUUUUAGGUAAAUUAUUCCAUUCAUUGACUAUAUUUACAAAUAAAGAAUUCUUAAAACUGUUUAGCUUUGCGGGAAAUGGUUUAAGUUUAUGGUGAUGGUUGGCUUGUAACGGUCGAAAGUCAUGUGUAAAGGUAAAAUACUCAAAUGAGUGUAGCCCGUUAACACUGUUAACUGUCCUAGAGCACUCGAUAAGCGAAGAAAAUAAUCUCUGAUGUAGAGUCGGCCAACUAAGGGCCCUUAAGCACUCCUCAUACGACAUAUCUCGACCAAUGUUUCUGACGGCAUAUCUAGAUGUUCUACGUUGUACUUUCUCUAAAAUAACCGAGUCCUUUUUGAAGUGUGGAGACCACACUGGAGAGCAAUACUCGAGUAUUGGAUGCACUCAACUUUUGUACAAUUUCGAGAACAAUUCAGUGCUCCUGGGGCCCACUGUUCGACUUAUAAAUCCGAGCAUGCUGUUUGCCUUGUUUGCGCAUUUGUUGGUUUGCAGGCUCUAUGAUAUAUUUGAUGUGAUGUGAAUUCCAAGAUCCUUAACGUUAGAUUAGAAAGGGUUCACCGAAGAAAUGUUUCUUUUAGACUCCUUAAAGAAAAGAAGUCAACCGUUAGCUUUAAUAUGGUCUAAAUUUUAACCGUUAGCCGUGAAAACCAUUACCCCUUUGAGACCUUCAUUUAGCUCGUGCAUUAAAUAACUUUUGCAAACGUUGGUGAUAUCUUUGAAUGGCAAAUGUAAAUUUAACCCUAAGCUUGUCCGUGAUCUGUCACAGUUAAUGACAACAUUGACGCUUAAUUUGUCUUUAGAGCGGUGCCUUAUUUUAAUAAUUCAUCUAAACUGACCUGAAGUACUGAAUUAUUUUUGCCUUUUUUGUGUCCCUCAUGAUAGCAUUAGAGAACGCCAUUUAUCUGACCAUGAAAUCAGGACUAGCGAAGUUUGAUGUCAGUUUACCAGAGGAACUCCAGAGCUAUAUCAACUACUUAUUAAAUAAGUCGGUCAAACUUGGCUUACGCAGGCGAGGUACUUAACAUUGUUAAAAUAAGCUUGUGUUGGUUUUCAAACACAUGUCCAGUUAUCUAUUUUCUGUUGCAGAUUAUUGAGAAAUGCUAGGUUUGUGUAGUGGUCAAGGGAUUUUUUUUUAAUCCAGAUUUGUGAUCUUGUGUUGGGUUUUUCCUUUUUUUUUCUUUUUUGAAACAAUCAUCAAAUGACGUGCACGGUCUAAUGCCUGUUCUUAAUAAGAAAAAAAAAAUGAUUUAUAGACAAACCCCUUUCUGAAGGCCGUGUGUGGUUCUUACUGUCCGUCUCCUUGUUUUAUCAACUCAUUUCCUUUGAUGAUUCAAAAGUAAGUCGAAACACCGAGACUCGGAAUUCUUUUUGUUUCCAAUUUGCCAAGGUAUCUUUUGUGGUUUGUCAGUUUUGAGACAAAAAUAAAUGUAAAGGUGGUUUUUUUCGCUGUAAUGUUUUCAGGUAAAAGAUUAAUAUUUCUUUUGUUUUAAUCCUUUAGUACUCCAAUCACCUCGAGCCCUGGAGGAAUUACGAGAAGCAAUGAAUAAAAACGAAUUGGAAACAUUCCUUACUAUUCACAUCAGGGAAGGUGCAUGGCAAGUGGUGCUGCUGUUUAUGGAUGAGCUCCCUAAAUACAAACUACCAUCGUACUGGUAUCGUGAAGUGUGGGACGAGGACGAGGAGAUGUUUAGUAUACCCUUAUACAGUUCGACGUCUGGCAUAUUGAGGGCGUGGCCAACAGAGUACGAUCCUGGUUUGAUAACACUGUGUAAAGCGAUCACCAACAGUGCCUGGAAAGUAAUCAGAUUAAUCCUCUCCGGCCGAAGGAUAUCUGAUGCAGGUUUGAAGAACUUGAGUACCGCACUUACUCAGAGCGAACUUUACCGCUUGACACUGUAUGGCAUUGGUUUACAAAGUCAAGGAUUAAAACACCUGUGUGAAGCGCUGAUUAGUGGUGACUGCAAUUUAACCUGCUUAAACGUCAGUAACAAUAGGUUAGGAGAUGAAGAAAUAUUACACUUGUGCAACCCACUAACCAGCGUUAACUGUACAUUAACUAGCUUAAACGUCAGCGACAAUAUGUUAGGAGACGAAGGAAUCGUGCACUUGUGUAACGCGCUAACCAGCGUUCACUGUAAAUUAACCAGCUUAAACGUUAGUGACAAUACGUUAGGAGACGAAGGAAUCAUGCACUUGUGUAACGCGCUAACUAGUGUUAACUGUACAUUAACCAGCUUAAACGUCAGUGGCAAUAGGUUAGGAGACAAAGGAAUCAAGCGCUUGUGUAAGGCUUUGACUGAUACCAAAUGCAAACUAAGCAGCUUAAACCUCCACGCAAAUUGGAAUGUAACAGAUGAAGGCCAAAAGUGUUUGUCUCAAAUGUUAACUGGUACUGACUGGGAAGUUAGAGGAGGUCUUAGACUUUCCCGUUCAACUAGAAAGUGGAGCAAGUCACAAGUAAGUGGCACAGAGCCCUGACAGGUUCCUCCUCUAACGUUUCGUCUGUCAUGAAAAAAAUCCAUUUUUAUAAAUGACAACUGAAAGAUUAUUGUUCAAGAUAAUUAAUUAGAUAACUGACCUUCUAGUCACUAUCACUUGUUGAACGGAGUAUUAAAAAUGACCAGCAGUGAGGCAGUCGAAACAUCGCGAUCAAGAUGAGAAAUGACUCGGUAUCAUGACUCAAACGAUUAUUAAACGUUCAUUAUUCGAUAGAAGAAUUUCACCGUUUUAAAAAGUAGACUGUAAAUGCAACUGAAUAGUGAGUCUCUUUUUGGAAGCGUAGUUGCAAUUUCGUAUAACGGGUCUGUUGGCAAACUGUGCUUAUUUUUGUGAAAAUGUUUAAAAUCUGCAGGCAAAACGUUAUACUGGUGAUUUAGGAAUAAUAAGAUGCCUAGAAUAUUGAAUUAUAUUGUGAUAGCCUAUUAAAUGAAUAUCGUUGUGUUCUUAAAGAAAACUUCUAAAAAGUCUACAUGAAAAAGUGACGUAUAAAUAAAAUAACAGCAUUUUAUCUUUUAUAGGCUUUCAUAUUUUUUGUUAGUAGACUCCAAGAGUAUAAUGUGUAAGCUUAAUUGAAAUAUACUUGAACAAAAAGGAAUGUUUUGUUCUGCCUUGUUCGUUUUCGAAGCCAAAUGUAGGCGUUGUACAACCAAUUGUAUUCUCGUUCAAAUGAGUUCAUUUGGACUUUACCUAGUAAGUCAUUUACACAAAGCUUGUGCUCCAGCUCGUAACUUUUCAUCGUAGCUGAUGAUUUUAUGAAGAGAAGAGUUAUGUAUUACUCUAAAAUUACAUACUAAUCGUAGGAAAUUGCGUACGGGUAGCUUAGUUUUUAUAAUUUAGAAUCUCUUUUUUAAUUAACUGGAAUACUUCAGAAUGUAAUGUAUAUGUAAUCUAAUAGAUAAUAUUUAGGUUAUUGUUCUAAAGUUCUCAACUCUUGGUAGAUAUAUUUCACAUAUAUAUUUGAUAUUUUUGAAAAGACCACACUAAACUGCGAAGUACAUUAACCAAGGACAAUGAAUAUGUGCAAGGACUGCAGUUGAAUGAAAUAAAUAUUUAUCUAGC